UUGUGUGGAAAACGAGCCAAAAAAACAUAUAUAAAUAUAAAUUUAAACAGUAACAUAAAAUAAAACCCUAAUUUUUGUAAAAAAUUUUGUUUUUCAAAAGCAAUACGAAAAUGGAGGGACGGGAAUAGAAUUACACAACCAACGCACCCAAUCAUCAUCUUCAUCAUGGAAAACCAAAACCAAAACCAAAACCAAAACCAAACAUGGAGUACCUGGGAGGAGCUGCUGCUAGCGUGCGCCGUCAAGAGACACGGUUACAAGGACUGGGACUCCGUCUCCAUGGAGAUUCAGACCCGGACCUCUCUCCCCCACAUCCUUACCACCGCUCACCACUGUAAACUCAAGUACCACGACCUCAAGCGAAGAUUCACCACACCAGCGGCCAAGCCCGAUGGCGAACAGGUGGCGGAAGGUGACAAAGUUGACGACGUGCCUUGGCUCGAAGAGCUGAGGAAGAUCCGCGUUGCCGAGCUGAAACAAGAGGUCCAACGAUACGAUGUCUCCAUCUUGUCUUUGCAGUCGAGAGUGAAGAGACUGGAGGAAGAGCGAGAACGAGAGCGAGGAUUGCGAGAAGAGAACGGAAACAUACGAGAGAAACCAGAUCUGGAAGAAGAGAGAUCAGAAAACGACAAACGAGGCGACGAUAAAGGUGGAGAGCGACUGGAGAUGCCGGUGAAAGUUGAGAACCGGAAGUUGAUUCCAGGCGAGGAUUCCGACCGGGAAAACCGGUCUGUUAACGGAUCCAAUUCCACCGGUUCGAACAGGAAAGCAAUCGAAAAGGAAAUGGUCAAGUCCGAACCCGAACCGGUUCAAACCGGUGGAGAUGAGCCGCGACCGGUUUUGAGCGGUUCGAACUCGAAACCGGAUGGAGAAGAUGACUCGGUAACGCAGAUGAGCAGUGACGUGCAGAGCUCGGCGAGUUUAGGAAGUAAGAGGAAGCGGAAGGUGAGGAAGAGAAGGGCCGUUUCCGGUGAUAGCGUCAAACAAGUGCCUGUUAAAUCACAGCCGUUGAUCCAGGUUCUGGAUUCGAUCAGGUCAUCUCAACACGGUCCUCUGUUUGAUUGCCGCCUCGAAAGCCAGGAAACUGAGGAAUACAGGAAUAUGGUUAAGCAGCAUAUGGAUCUGGGAACAAUACAAGCUAGACUGGACCAAGGCUCUUACAAAUUUUGCACUCUUUCAUUCUACAGAGAUCUUUUACUUCUCUUCAACAAUGCCAUUGUUUUCUUCCCCAAAUCCUCCCAAGAAUGGCUUGCCGCUUGCGAACUGCUCACCCUUGUUUCAGCUGAAAUGAGAAAGGAAACCCAGAAAUCUGAUUCUACGCAGAAAACAGCCAGUGUUCCCUCUCAACCCAAGCCUGAACUUGAGAAGUCCGAUUCAUUGCUCGCGAGACAAAAAUCUUCAGCACCCAUUGUAGUUUGUCGCAAGCGUAGUUCAAUCUCAUCGAAGUCUUCUCUCUCAUCUAGCUUUGCGAAGAAGGUUGAUCCACAAGAAAGCCGAGAUGACAAUGAGGAUGACGACAACAACAAAAAACCAGCUAUCGAUACAGAGCCAAUUGUUGUUGAACAACAGAGUUUACUGAACAUCAAACCAGACUCCAAGCCUAAAACUGGUACAAGAAGCACUAGAAGAGGCAGCAAACUCCUCAGCGCCAGCAGUGCCACUCCUAACAGGAAGCAAAGCACAAUACUCCCAGGUUCUAAAGCAGCUUCAAAUGACAAGGUGGAAACUCAUAAAAGUGAUAAGAAGAAAGCUGAGGCAUUGGCAUUGGAGAAGAAGAAAGCCGCAGCAGAUUUCUUGAAGAGGAUAAAGAAGAAUUCUCCGCAGGAAGGGUCGAAGAGGAGUGUCAGUAAAGGUAGUAAUAAUAACAGUAGUGGUGGUGGUGGAGAGCAGAAGAAGAGUAUUAGUGACAAGAAAGACAAAGGCAAGGACAGGAUGACGAGGACUCUCAGUGAGAGAAAACAAACAAAGGAUGAGGGCAGUCCAUCAAAGCGGAGCAUUGGGAGGCCACCAAAGAAAACAGCGGAGGUGUCCACAGUCACCGGGAGACGGAGGAGGGAAAGUGAUGGAAAUGGGGUGGCGGAAACGAAGCGACCUGCAAAAAGAUCCAGGAGGUAAUGAAUGGCUCCGUGUAAAUUAAAUUAUGUUAGGUUGGUGAUCACCAGUGAUUAUUUUUACUAAUUGACCUUUUGGUUUGUUCUUUUGAACCCAUUUCCUCUUGGUCAUGGGGUAGGGCAAGGGUCUGGGCUUGCCGCUAGGGCAAGUUUUAAUACGUCUUUUGUAAGGGUACUGUUGUAUCAAGUUUCAUUGUCUUUUAGAUUCAGGUUUAGAACAUCAAUCAGUCAUUUCCUCAUUAGAAGCAUAGGAGUUAGUUGUGCUUUCA